AUGCCCCAAGUGGACGUAAAUCCUAACGAGGAUACGGAAUUUCACGACGCACUGCGUGCGCGUGGGAUUAUCCCCCCAAAAGCACCAAGCCGGUCGCCAUCGCCAGAGCUUCCUACUGAAGAGGAGCGCAAAGAUGCGGCUUGGCGGCAGGCGAAUAUAGAUGAUUUGGAUCUCGCGCUUGAGGAUGCUGAUGGCGAGGAGGAGCGGAUCUUGCAAAGGCUGCGCCUUGAGCGGCUAGGGGAACUCUCUGCCACACAAGCGCGCGCGCAAUUUGGGCGCAUGUACCCCAUUUCGCGCCCGGAUUAUACGCGCGAAGUCACGGAUGCGAGCCGUGUGAAUAUGCCAGGAAGUAUUUCAAACGGGAAGGAUGCGGGCACGGGUGUGGUAUGCUUCCUGUACAAGCCAGGCAUGGAUAUGUGCCGCCUUUUGGAAGGCUACCUCGAGACACUCGCGGCCAAACAUCCCGAGACCAAGUUUGUAAGCAUCGUUGGCGACCAGUGCAUUCCAAACUACCCGGACAAGAACUUGCCGACGAUGCUGAUCUACCGGAACGGCGAGCUGCGUCGCCAGGUGAUCGGGCUUCGCCCCGAGAUUGGCUUGGAUGGGAUGAAGACGACGCUGGCGGAUGUCGAGUUACUGCUCACUGCAGUGGGUGUCAUGGAUCCGCCGCAGAGUACACAGCCGAAAGCAGCAGUGGAUGACGACGAGGAUGACGACAGAAAUAGAUACUCCAGUAUCCGUUCGCGUCAAAAGAGACUGGAAGAGGAAGAUGCGGAGCUGGACUGGGACUAG